GGUACUCGCACGUCAUAAAAAUUCUAAAUUAUGAUAAACGCUGUUUAUCCAUUGAGGAUAUCGACCAACUUGAAUUGCCUGUUUAGGACGUGGAUUAUUGUGCUGUACUUUUUACAGGGCUGUCCUCAGCUUAACACGGGAAUGGCAUCGUUGAUCGACCGCAGCGAUAUGAUACUCAGGACAGCGUUUUUCCUGCUUUCGCCUCACACACCGGACAAAAGUUCUGCCGGCGGCAACUCGAACUCGCUCGACAAACAAAACUACGGUCACCGUGGUGGAGCUGGUGGAGGAAGCGGAACAGACGGCGAUGGCAACGGGGGCGAAAGUGGUGAAUCCGGUCCCGGGCUAUCGAACUACUUCGAACAGGGCAGCGAUAGCGAGGAGCUGCUCAAGUACUACAAAAUGCCGAUGCAGUUCGGGACCGAAAACUACACCCUGGUGACGUCGCAGAUAGGCAGCACCGCACACGUACCCUGCCGGAUACAUCAUAUCGGCGAGGGUGUGGUGUCUUGGAUCCGGCGAAAGGACUAUCAUCUACUCACCGUUGGCUUGACGACGUACAGCAGCGAUGAAAGAUUUAGUGCUACCCACCUGCAAAAUUCAGAGGACUGGACGCUGCAGAUAAAGUUCGUGCAGGAUCGUGACGCCGGGCUGUACGAAUGUCAGGUGUCGACACACCCACCAACGUCAAUAUUUUUAGAGCUGAAAGUGGUCGAGGCCCGUGCGGAAAUAGUUGGACCACAAGUGAAGUAUCUGACACCUGACUCGACGCUGAAAUUGAUAUGCCGGGUGGUGCAGAGCACGGAAGCUUCAGCAUUCAUUUUCUGGUACCACAACAACCGCAUGAUCAACUAUGACCUCGACCGAGGUAUCAACGUUUCCACCGAAGCUGAUUUCCACUACUCGGAGCUGACGAUAAGUCAGGCCAGCAAGGAGCACUCGGGAAAUUACACCUGCGUUCCAAGCAAUUCGCAGCCAGCCAGCGUGGUUGUACAUAUAUUCAAAGGUGAUAAUCCGGCGGCUAUGUAUCACGAGCAUCGCAGCUCAUCAACGAUACCGUACCGGGACCGUUUGGAAAUGUUGCGGUUGCUCGGAUUCCUAAUGGUGCUGCUGGUGGUCGUACGAUACAGGCGCGUGGCCGACCUAGCCGAGGACGGCACGUCCCAUGCAGCGGUGCCAGCGCAAACGGGUGCACCCGGCACACACUGUCGGGCGGAAAGGCGGGAGUGCGUUCCCUCGUGCAGCGAUGCGAGUGAACCGGGACGGUUGGAUGUAGCACCAGACAGCAGGACACACCACGUACAGAUUUACAUCGACACCGACGACAACCAUCAGCCGCCACGGGAGAUGCAUCAAACGGGAUGUCAUUUGAUCGCAUGCUUUUGA